UAUUAUGUUAUGUUUCUAAUCUGUUAGGUUUGAGACACAGUCCACACAUGAUGAGGAAAAGUAUAUUGUUUUUGAAAGCUGCCUCAAACAGCUGUUUGAAAACUGUCCAGUGUGUAAGAAGGGCUGUAAUCUCCAACGACGAAGGAUGGGAACCUAUGUGGCUUUCACUCAGCGAUGUCCACACCGCAGUUACUUCAGAGAGUGGGAGAGUCAGCCCAUGGUUGGAAGUACCCCUGUCGGCAACCUACAACUUUCUGCGGCUACCUACUUUACAGGGACCUCCUUCAUCCAACUGGAAAAGCUGUGCAAGGCCAUGCAACUCCAGAUAUUUCAGUAUGACACCUUCAGAAGGCAUGCAAGGAAUUACAUGGAACCGGCUAUUGUUCAUAAGUGGAAGAUGGAUCAGCAGAGUCAUUUCCAGCAUCAAUUGCACCUUGGUGGGGUGGUUGCAGUAGGAGGAGACAUGAGGGCUGAUUCUCCAGGGCACUCCGCAAAGUUUGGCAGCUACACUCUAAUGAAUCUGGAGAGCAACACCAUUAUGGACAUCCAACUUGUUCAGAGCAAUGAAGUAGGUGGCAGCUAUCAUAUGGAGAAGGAAGGACUGAAAAGAUGCCUAGAUCAUCUGGAGUCGAAUGGAUUGAAGGUGGAUUACAUUGUGACAGACAGUCAUCCACAGAUCCAGAAAUUUCUGAGGGAACGCAGCGUAACUCAGUUCUAUGACGUUUGGCACUUUGAGAAAGGUUUGUCCAAGAAACUUGAGAAAGCUUCGCACAAUGAAGACUGA